AAGCCUGUUAGAGAAGCCAGGCUUUUAUUUCCUUAUGUGGUACAAAGGAACCCUUUAUACCCUUCCCAGGAAGAUACUGGUUAAGAUAUGGCUGAGGGAGGCAAAGGGAUUGUUUUCAAUGGUAGUCACUGCAGAAGGUCAAGGGUAGGCUGGCGUUGUUCUCAAUAAGGGUUAUUGUGAUCAUGGUCCAAAGUCUGGUAGGAGUUGUUUUUUCUUUGUUUUUUUUUUUUAAAUUUGUUUGCUUUCAUUUUUUUGGUGCUAGACAGCUGGGACACCAAGGGCAGUUCUGUGGCAAGCCACAAGAAUCAAGGCCCAGAACUCCCCCUGAGGGCACAGCUUCCAUUUCAAUUUCUGGCAGGAAGGAAAUCUGCUCAAGGAUAGUCGUUUGAGUAUUUCCUGGUGGUUCAAAUUUCAAGCAGAGCUUGUGUUCAAAACUCACCCAGGCACCAAGGCUCAGAGUCAGCAGGAGUGAGUUCAGGAAUCCUCGGGACAAGGCACUUUCCUGAGCACUGGACCAGUGACUUCUUGGUUUCCAGUAAGUACUGCUUGGUGUAUCUGGUUUUGACUCCCAAGGCUGGGGUGAUCUAGAAGCUUUUUUGCAAUUGAGUAACUGCAAAAUUGAAAAUGGAAGAUUUUGUAGAUAUCCAGUAUUCCUCUUACGGGCUCUUUCUUCAUAAGCUUCCUAGACUAUAGUGUAGUCAAAGGGAAAGAAGACUGACCUCCUGGUAUCCUGUAUUCACUAAAUCCCGGAUAAUGUUAGAAUGAACAGGUUAGGCAGUGAUUAUGGGGAGAUUCUCCUGAAGGAGAUCAAACAGCUAAAUCAGAAAAGUUUUCUUUUUUGUUUGGGGGCAACAACAAGCAAUGGAAGCAGAACUAGGAAAACAAUCCAUUCUACUUUCUUAGACUGAAGGAAGUGCGAAGUGGUGAAGACCAGCUCUGAAGUGAGAAUUCUGGUUCUGCUUCUUUUUAAUUACGUGAUCAAAGUCAAGGUAUUUCAUCUCAUCUGUAAAUGGGCACUGUAUCCUUGUAAAAACAGUACAAGCUUUAGGGCAUGGUUAUGAGGGUCUGAUGAGAUUUUAUAUGUAUAUGUGAAAUUAUUAUAUGUAUACAUGAAAUCUUUCAUAUAUAUAUUGCUUAGAUGUGCCUGGAAUGUAUUAAGUACUCAAAAAAUGCUACCCAUUAUUAAACAAUGUCAGAAUCAUAGACUAUCUGAGCUGGAAAUAACCUAACUGGUAUUUACUUUAUUCUAUUUAUUUGUAUAUAUAUUUUGAGACGGAGUCUUGCUCUGUUGCCCAGGCUGGAGUGCAGUGGAGCGAUCUUGGCUCACUGCAACCUCCACCUCCUGGUUUCAAGCGAUUCUCCUGCCUCAGCCUCCUGAGUAGCAGGGAUUACAGGCGUGUACCACCACACCUGGCUAGUUUUUGUAUUUUUAGUCAAGACAGGGUUUUACCAUGUUGGUCAGGCUGGUCUCAAACUGCUGGCCUCAUGAUCUGCCUACCUUGGCCUCCCUUAGUGCUGGGAUUACAAGCAUGAGCCACUUUGGCCUUAACAACUAGCAUUUAUUGAGCUUCUAUUAUGUACUGAGGAGCGCUCAUCUACAGGGUAUCUCAAGUGAUGCUCUCAGCAAUCUGAUGAGGGUGGUAAUAUUACCAUCUACAUGUUACAGAUGAAGAAAUGGAGGCAUAGAGAAGUAUUCUUAAGUAUCCGAGAUCACAUUCCUCAUGAUUCAUGGAGAUGAAAUUUAAACCCAGAUGCCAGAGCUAACACUAUUAACCACCACACCCUAAUGCCUUGUCUGUCCUCUCAUUUUAUGGUGGGUGGAGAGAUAAAGGAGGAGCAGUCUCAACACAUGACUUUGGAGUCCUUCACAGACACUGGAAGGACAGAGAAGUCCUCCAAAGCACACUGACAUCCACAGGGCACAGGAAAUGCAAAUGUCCUUUGGGAAUGUCCAUGAGCAUUAAUGCAGUGCUGUGUGGAGUUCUGCCAGGGGACAUAGGUCCAAGGCACCUCAGUGUUCUCUCAAAUGCAGUUUUUCAUUUGUAAAGUGAGCUAUCUCAUAAUAAGUCCAUUGUGAGAUGCAAAAAGAAAAAUAAUGUAUGUAACUGCAUUUUAUAAACUUUAAAGGCUUUAGAAAUAUUUUAUAUUUAAAAAUGAUUUUUUUUUGGCUUUUUGACAAAGAGCAACUCAAAAACAGCUUGCAGAAAACACACUGCUUUAAAAUAAGUCACCCACAGCUAAUCUCUCCUGCACAGUUCUCCAACUGGAUCACUAAGUGACUCACUUAGGCUAACAGCUGCAUACGGGGUGUGGCCAAGUCUCAUAAACAUGGACAGAGGGAAAGGUAAUGGGCUGAAAACCACUUGUCCCCAGCUCUUCAGGUAGGGAAAUCCUUGAAACUGGAAAGAACCUCAUGGAUUUGAUACAAAAUCUCAGGGAUAAUUUUUUAAAUAUUGCCCAUGCCUUUUUGGGAGUGGGAAAGGUUUUAAAGAGGUUACGUUCUCUUUCUCAUGCAGAAUUGCUCUUCCAGGAAACAACAGCCUCUGGUCUCAAUCACUUGGCAUCUUUGCCAGUCAUUACAGCUCCUUGCCCAGAGCUGAGUGUGCCUGCUAUACCAGGCGAGAGCUAAGGGCACCAGCUCUUCAACAUACAACUUCAGAUGCCCCAGAAAAGUUGUAAUUUAUUCAAAUUAUCACUACUAUGAUUAUACAGGAUACCUCAAGGGAGAAAACAUUUCCCUAGGGGCAGGGUAGAUAUGAUUCCAGGGCCCAGGAAAGCCAUCCCACUGGUCUUCAAAGAGCUCCCAAAUGCUCUGACAAACCACCAAAAGCAUAUUUUGAGAACUUGCCUUAAUCUCGGGAUUUCCAUCUCUUAAUAUAUGUAUUACAUAUAUCUAUUUUUUAUUUUAAGUUGAGACAGAGUCUUGCUCUAUCGCCCAGGCUGGAGUUCAGAGGUGUGAUCUCGGCUCAUUGCAACCUCUACCUUUUGGGUUCAAGUGAACUCCUGCCUCAGCCUCCCAAGUAAAUGGGAUUACAGGUGCCUGCCACCAUGCCCACUAUUUUUUGUAUUUUUAGUAGAGACAGGAUUUCACCAUGUUGGACAGGCUGAUCUCAAACUGAUGACUUCAAGCAAUCCACCCGCCUCGGCCUCCCAAAGUGCUGGGAUUACAGGCAUGAGCCACCGCACCCAGCCUGAAUGUAUAUUUUUUCAUGUCUGCAUAUUCAUAUACGCACUUAAUUAAAGAAUUGCUAUAAGCCAUGUACAUGUUAGGAAGAAUGAAUGAGUUUAUGUGAAGAAAGAGAGAGGUCAGGAGGGUCAAGCAUCUCUGCCUCCUCCCCAUCUUAUCUGGGGCUGCUUGGGCACCUCCCUUUUUAAGGUUUUCUAAUUUGUUAGUCUUACUAACUUUAGGUAAAAGUCACCAACAAAUUCCUGGUUUCAAAGAUGACCUCACUUGCCCUGCAGCCCUUCCCCUGAGGGAGUUCCUUCUCUCCAUCCCAUCACGGUCAUAGGAUCCAGCAGCUGGCCAGGAAAGGACAUUGCCUCUCAGAUUCAGUUUCUGCAGGUUAGCCUCAGCCCCCAGAGUCAAGCAGCCUUGAGGAGGGGCCACUCAGAUGGCUGAGGCAAUUGAAGAGGUGGCCUGGUCCUUGUUCUUAAGUUUCCCCUGCAGAAAGUGAGGCCCUGGCAUGGAGAAGGUCUUAUCUUGGGCUACCUCUCAGCCAGUGAUGCUUUCUCAGCUGCGCUGUCUCCAUGGCAUCCUGUCCUCUGCCCUGUUCUUACUUCUCCUUGGUGUUGCCAUCCCCCGGCUCUCUUAUCAAAGCCACUUAUGAAGCAAGAACAGAGAAAGUCCAAGGGAGACAGCUUCUUCAGUCAUCUUGACAACACCUCCGCAGAACCACCCACUGUGUGAGGACAAGCUGCUUGGAUGAGUCCUGGUUACCAUGGCUACCGUCAGCCUCAGGGACAGGGAGGGAAAUACUAAAGAAAGAAUGGAAAGGGGAGACUCAUAACCUGUCUCAGCAACAUCCGUGAGCACAAUCCCAGUACUCAUGGACUCAGUGGCUAGUCAAUGAAACACACAUACUGUUGUUUGGGGACUAACACUAACCCUUCCUUUUGACAGGCAAGGACACACAGCCAUCAUGGAACCCAAACCUCAGAAAAGUCCAGGUACUCGAGGGGUAUCAUCUCAGAAGCAGAAGUCUUUUUAUUUUCACAGUUCCCUUCAAGCUAACCAGGAUACAGAACUUUGUGGUUUUGUGUGCAUGUUUUGUGUGCACAGUUCCCUUCAAGCUAACCAGGAUACAGAACUUGGUGUUUUGUGUGAGUCUUGUUCUGUGGCCUAGGCUGGAGUAUAAUGGUGCGAUCUCAGCUCGCUGCAACCUCCCGGGCUCGAGCAUUCCUCUAACCCGCAGCCUCCUGAGUAGCUGGCACUAUAGGCAUACACCACCACACCUGCCAAAUUUUUGUAUUUUUAGUGGAGAUGCGGUUUCUCCGUGUUCGCCAGGCUGGUCUCAAACUCCUUGGCCUAAAGUGAUCCACCCUUCUCAGCCUCCCAAAGUGCUGCAAUUACAGAUGUGAGCCACCACACCCAGCCCCAGAACUUGGUUUUAGUGGGGAUAAUGGGUGACAUUCUGUGACAAUGAUUCUUGGUUUGGAGAGUGUAGCAGGAACUUUUGGAUUCAGUUAAUUAUUAUAUAAGAGUUCACCUGUGUAGAAGUUUAGCAUUUUCUGAUUCUCAUGAGCCCAAUUUUCCAUCCAUUGCCAAAGAUGAUGUUAAUAGCAAACUAUGGACCAGGAAAGACUCAAAAAUAUGUUCUUAAUUUUACAUGAAACUCUCACUUCAAGAAGCUGCCUGCAUUGUCACCAGGGCUUAUUAUGAGGGAAGCUCAAUGUAUGGUAUUCAAAUAUCCUUGCUCAUAUUCAUACAAUUCUUUGUAGGUGAGCAGAUAGAAAAGCUGAGUUUAGGAUGAAGUCACUUAGAAGAUAAAUUAUCCAAAUUCAACUCAAAAAUAUUUACAAAGCACCUAUUACUAGUAAGUCUCUGUGCUUUAUGUACCAGGGGAUAUACAGAUUAAUAAAUAAGAGUCAUUGCCCUCAAAGAGUUUUGAAAUCUUAUCAGUAGGAGGUGAGAUGGGCAGAUAACUUGAGGUCAGGAGUUCGAGACCAGCCUAGCCAACAUGGUGAAACCUGGUCUCUACUAAAAAUACACCAGGGCUUAUUAUGAGGGCUUUUAUUUAAAAAUAAAAAUUCAUUGGGUGUGGUGGUGUGCCCCUGUAAUCCCGGCAAAUCAAGAGACUGAGGCAGGAGAAUUGCUUGAACCCAGGAGGCAGAGGUUGCACUGAGCCAAGAUUGCACCAUUGCAAUCCAGCCUGGGCAACAGAGUGAGACUCUUGUCUCAAAAAAAUAAAAUAAAAUCUUGUUGGGAACUUAAACAUAUGCAAGUCGCUGUGCUGGGAAAUUAAGAUUAGGCUGUGAUGGAAAUCAUGAAAUGAAAGUACAGAUGUUAUGGAGUCUGAAGAAGAAAAACAUAUAAGUAAUAAUGAGAAUCCAGAGAAGUUUUAUAGGGAAGGCAUUUGAGCUAGACCCUAUAGGAGAAGUAGGGAUUUAAAAGAAAUCAGAAAAGAGGGCACAACCCAGCAGAAGGAAUGGCAUGGCCAACGCAAUGAAAUGGUGUAGAAGCAGACUGUGUCAGAGUAGAAUAUACUUACAAGGUAGGACAAGGGGAAAGAGGAUGAGGCCGCAGAAAGGUGGCGCCAUAUUGUGUCGGACCUUGGCCGUAUAUGACAGGUAACUGUUGAAGCCUUUUGAGUAUGAAAGUGGCGUGGUCAGAUUUGCAUUUUAGACUGGUCAUAUUUUUAAUAUCUUUACUAAAGUUUAUUAUAAUUGGCCUACAAUAAACUGUUUAUGUCUAAAGUAUAUAAUUUGUUCAAGUUUUGAUAUGAGACACAUACAGGCAUACCUCAGAGAUGUUUCAAGUUCACUUCCAUGUCACUACAAUCAAGCAAAUACCACAAUAAAGUUAGUCACAUGAAUUUAUUGGAUUCCAUAAAAGUUACGUGUACACUACACUGCAGUCGAGUGUGUAAUGCCAUUAUGUCUAUGGAAACAAUGUGCCUACCUUAAUUAAAGAUAUUUCAUUGCCAAAAUUUGCUCACAAUCAUCUGAGCCUUCAGUGAGUCAUGAUCUUUUUGCUGGCAGAAGGUCUUGCCUCGGUGUUGAUGGCUGCUGAAUAAUCAGGUUAUGGCUAAGACAACAAUGAAGUUGACCACAUAGUUUGAUUUUAUUUUCAUGAAAAAUUUCUCUGUAGCAAGGGAUGCUGUUUGAUAACAUUUUACCCACACUGGAACUUCUUUCAAAACUGGAAUCAAUCCUCUCAAACCCUGACACUGAUUUAUCAACUGUGUUUACCUAAUAUUUUAAAUCCUUUAUUGUGAUUUCAAAAAUAAACACAGCAUGUUCACUAGCUGUAGAUUCCAUCUCAAGAAACACUUUCUUUUCAUAUCCCAUAAGAAGCAGCUCCUUAUCUGUUGAAAUGAGAUCAGAAGAUUGCAGCAAUUCAGUCACAGCUUCAGAGUUCACUCCUAAUUCUAGUUCUCUUGUUAUUUUCACCGUAUCUGCAGUUACUUCCUCCACUGAAGGAAUUUUUGAACCCCUCAAAGUCAUUGAAGAGUAUUGGAAUCCACUUCUUCCAGACUCCCGUUCAUGUUGUUAUUUUGACCUACACCUAGGUGUCAUGAAUAUUUCUAACAGCAUCUAGAAUGGUGAAUCCUUUCCAGAAGGUUUUCAAUUAACUUUGCCCAGAGCCAUCAGAGGAAUCACUGUCUAUAACAGCUAUAGCCUUAUGAAAUGCAUUUCUUAAAUAAUAAGAUUUAAGUUGAAAUCCUUCCUUGAUUCAUGGGCUACUGAAGAGGUGUUGUGUUAGCAGGCAUGUGAACUGCACCAGUCUCCUUGUACAUCUUCAUCAGAGCUCUUGGGUGACCAGGUGUAUUGUCAAUGACCAGUAAUAUUUUGAAAGGAAUCUUCUUUUUUCUAAAUCAUAGGUCUCUGCAAUGGGCUUAGAAAUAUUCAGUAAACCAUGUUAUAAACAGAUAUGCUGUCAUCCAGGCUUUGUUGUUUUAUUGAUAGAGCACGAGGAGAGUAGAUUUAGUAUCAUUCUUCAGGGUCUUAGGAAUUCUUUUUUUUUUUUUUUUUUUCUUUUCUCAAGACAAGAGUCUUGUUCUGUUGCCCAGGCUGGAGUGCAGUGGCGCAAUCUCGGCUCACUGCAACCUCCACCUCCUGGAUUCAAGCCAUUCUCCUGCCUCAGCCUCCCAAGUAGCUGGGACUACAGCCUGGCACCACCAUGCCCAGCUAAUUUUUGUAUUUUUGCAGACAGGGUUUCUCCAUGUUCACCAAGCUGGUCUCAAAUUCCUGACCUCAGGAGAUCCACCCGCCCCAGCCUCCCAAAGUGCUGGGAUUAGUUGUGAGCCACCAUGCCCUUAAAUAUAUUGUUUUACUUUUUCUUGUUUGCAUUUUUUUUUCUGAUGAGAAAUCAAUAUCACUGUUUCUUGUCUUUGUUCUGUAUGCAAUAGGUCUUUUCUUCCUCUGGCUGCUUUUAAGAUUUUUUUCUUUAUCAUUGGUUUUGAACAAUUCAGUUAUGACAUGCGUUGAUGUACUUUUCUUUGGGUGUCUUGUGCUAGGCUUCAUUAAACUAUUGGAUUUCUGUGAUUAUAGUUUUAGGUUUGUAAAAUUUUCAGCAUUGUUACUUCGAAUAUUUUUUAUUUCUUACUCUCUCACUUCAGGGACUCCUAUUACUUGUAUACUAGGCUACUUGAAAUUGUCCACAGUGUACUGGUGCUCUUUUUGAGUUUUCCAAUUAUUUUCUCACUGUUUAUGUUGGUAGCUACCAUUGCCAUGCCUGUAAGUACGCGAAUCUUCCCUUCUACAACAUUUAAUCUGCUCCUACUACCAUCCAGGCUUCUUAUUGUUUUUCUGAGACAUUAUAAUUUUCAUCUCUAAAAUUUCACUUUGGAUCUUCCAUCUUUUAUCUCUCUCCCUAAAUUCUUAAAAAUACAGUGAUAAUAACUGUUUUACUUACUUUCUCUGCCAAUUCUAACGUCUGUGUCAGUUCUCGGCCUGUUUUGAUUGAUUGACUUUUCUCCUCAUUAUUGAUCAUGUUUCCCUUCCUCUUUGUAUGCCUGGUAAUCUUGACUGAUUGCCAAACACCACAAAUUUUACCUUGUUGGGUCCUGAAUAUCUCUGUAUUCCUAUGAAUCUUGAGCUUUGUUCUGGGAUGCAGUUAAAUUUUUUGGAAACCACUUUCUUCUAAGUCCUUUAUGAUUUGUUAGGUGAGUUUAGAGCAGUGCUCAGUGCAGAGCUAAUAAUUAGUGUAGAGCUAAUUAUUCCUCACACUGAGGCAAGACAUUCCUGAGAACUCUAUCAAUGCCCUGUAAAUUAUAAGUGUUUCUAGUCUGGCUGGAGGUAACAGGCACUUUUUCUGAACCUCUGAUCUUUUUUAAUGGUUCUUUCUCUGGCCUCAGUAGUUUCAGCACACACGUGUUAAUAGGCACUCUUGAAUACUUGAGGGAGACAGUAGAUGUUGCCCUUUGGCUUAGCAGACAAAAGUAAACCCACUCACUAUGGAAAAUGGAGUGGCAGAAGUGAUUAAAUAAAGAAGUUUCUAAAAUGUUAACUGCUUUCCUGUAAGUGAUGAAAUUACAGGCAGUUUUAAUUGUUUCUCUGUUUUCUAAAAUGUCUACAAUAAAUAUGUAUUACAUUCAUUAUUUAGAAAAACACAAUUAGUGUUGUUAAACACGAUACUGUUAUUUUUGUUUUCUUCAUUUAGGGUUUGUUUUUGUUUUAGUUUGGAUGUGCUUUCACAUACAGACUGUAGGUUCAAAUUUGUCCUUAGUUUUGGAAAGGGCAACCUUUACUAAAAAAUUAGAGCUUCUUUAUUAAGUGAAAACAGAGUCAGGAUUUGGCAAUACACCUGCUGGGGCUUUUAGGAUAGUAUCCAGUAAAUCUGGGGAGGUGACUGUGUUUACCUUCCCUCCCUUCCCAACUUCUACAGCAACUCCACCUGCUCCCCUUCCCCAAACAGAUUUUGUCACAACAUUUUAAAUAGCAGUGCUUUUGCUUUUGUUUGCUAGGCCAAAGUGCAAUGCAGAAUUAUCAUGCCUCUGCAAUGGAAAUAGAGCCUAAUUUUGCUCACACGUAGAGAGCCAAAGACAUACUCUAGAAACAGAAAGCCAGACAGGUAUGAGCCAAAUUAACAUGCUUUCAAAUGUUGUUUGAAUAAAGGUCUUGGCUGUGGAGAAGUAAGAAUCAGACAUUUGGUCCUUCGUUUUCUUGGGUUAUUAGAACUGUUCUUUUCCAUAACUACUGAAUAAUCUGAAGGCCUUUCCAGAGAUGAAUAGUGUUUUCCAAUUGAGGCAGUUCUUCUCAGAAAUUUAUGAGGAACAAACUGAGUUCUGUUCACUUUUGUUAGGCAAACAAUUUACAUUUUAUUAUGAAAAUGAAGUCUGCAAACAAGAUUACUUUAUUAAAUCACCACCUUCUCAGCUGUUCUUCUCUGUGACCUCUUGGAAAAAGCGGUUUUUUGUCCUGUCAAAGAGUGGGGAAAAGAGCUUUAGUCUUUCCUACUAUAAAGACCAUCAUCAGCGAGGUGCCAUUGAAAUUGAUCAAAAUUCGAGUGUAGAAGUUGGCAUAAGUAGCCAGGAAAAGAUGCAAUCUGUGCAGAAGAUGUUUAAAUGCCACCCUGACGAGGUCAUGUCCAUCAGAACCACUACCAGGGAAUAUUUCCUCAUCGGCCAUGACAGGGAGAAGAUUAAAGACUGGGUCUCCAUCAUGUCAUCAUUUUGCCGGAAUAUAAAAGCAACACAUCAGAACACAGAGGAGGAACUCUCACCGGGUAAUAAAAGAACUCUCUUCUACCCCAGCCCUCUCCUUGGCCUUUCCAGCACAACAGAGGCUGUUGGCUCCAGCUCACCAAGAAACGGUCUCCAAGACAUGCAUUUAAUGGAAACGAGUUCUCCAGGACUUAGGCAAGCUCAUCUGCAAGAUUUGUCAUCAGAAACCACUCAAGAUAUGGAGGAAGAGAGUCAUUAUCUUACUCCUCGAAGUGUUCUUUUAGAGUUGGAUAAUGUCAUUGCUUCCAGUGAUUCUGGUGAAUCCAUUGAAACUGAUGGUCCAGACCAGGUCUCUGGAAGAAUCGAGGGUCAUUAUGUGUCAAUGAAAUCCUGUUUUUUCAAAGAGACAUCCCAUGAGUCUAUGGAUAGCAGCAAAGAGGAACCCCAGACCGUUCCAGAGACCCAGGAUGGGGGCCUCCACCUGCAAGAACAAGGCUCAGGAAUUGAUUCGUGUCUUUUUCCUGCCGAUACGGAAGCACAGAGCACAAAUGACAAAAAGGGUAACAUCCCUGAUGAAAGCCAAGUGGAGAAACUGAACGUUUUCCUUUCUCCUCCUGAUGUCAUAAACUAUCUUGCUCUCACAGAAGCCGCAGGACGGAUAUGUGUGGUUCAGUGGGAAGGCCCCCCACGUCUGGGAUGCAUAUUUUGCCACGGAGAUCAUCUUUUGGCGGUGAAUGGCCUGAAGCCCCAGAGCCUGGAGGAGGUCUCCUUGUUUCUCACCCGGUCCAUCCAGAAGGAGGUAAGUUUUAGGAUUCUUUCAUAUCAAGUAGCAUUUGGAGAAGGCACUGGGCUAAGAGACAGAGCACCUGGGUUCAGUACCUCAGAUCAGCAUGAGGUAGCAAAAAGAGCUUGCAUGGAAUCAGACUGGUGCAAGGGUUCCAAACCAGCUCCUUCAACCAAUUUGUGUGGUUUCCUUUUCUGCAAAAUUAUGGCUAAUGAUGGUGCUGGUUGUGGGAUAAUUAAAUGAGAUCAUAUGUGUAACGUGCUUACAAAGGUGACUGGCACAUAUUAGGUGCUUAAUCAAGUUACUAGUUACUUUUACUUCUACUACAACUAACCAUGGAAUAUUAUACAAGCCCAUUUUUUAAAGCCUCAAUUUCCUCAUCUCAGAAAUUGUCAUAGUCCUAACUUCCUCAUAGAGUAUUGCAAGAAUUAAACAUACUGUGUGGUGCUGGCAUGGUGGCUCACACUUGCAAUCCCAGCACUUCAGAAGGCCAAGGCAGGAGGAUCACUUGAGCCCAGGAGUUCAGGGUUACAGUGAGCUAUGGUUGCACCACUGCACUCCAGCCUGGAAGACAGAGCGAAACCCUGUCUCAAAGAAAAACAACAACAAACAAACCAUAAUAUAUAGGUAUGCACUGAGCAUGUUAUGUUUUUUCAAGGACUAGCUAUUGUCCUGAAUAUCUACAGUCUUGAUGAUGUUAAUUCCUUCCCUGGUCUACUUUUAUUUCUAACUAGCCCUAUGACCUUAGGAAAUUCACUGCCUUCUCUGGGCUUCAGCUUAUUCUCACUAAACUAAAAGGCUGGUUUUCAAACUGUGCUUCUUGCAUUCCUGGGAUGGAGGUGAAAGGAGAGGAGAGGAAGGAGAGAAUAUGCUGGGUCUUCAACUGGAGAAGCUCACAUUUAUCCCUUUUUUUUUUUUUUUUUUUUUUUUUGAGACAGAGUUUUGCUGUUGUUACCCAGACUGGAGUGCAACAGCGUGAUCUCGGCUCACCGCAACCUCCACCUUCUGGGUUCAAGCAGUUCUCCUGCCUCAGCCUCCCGAGUAGCGGGGACUACAGGCACACACCACCAUGCCCAGCUAAUUUUUGUAUUUUUUUAGUAGAGACGGGGUUUCACCUUGUUGACCAGGAUGGUCUCAAUCUCUUGACCUUGUGAUCCACCCACUUCGGCCUCCCAACGUGCUGGGAUUAUAGGCGUGAGCCACCGCGCCGGGCCUCAUUUAUCUUUUAGGAAAAAAGAUUAGUCCAAUCUUUCCUGUAAGCUUUCCUUAAGAAACAGCUCCUUGGCUUCAAAUUUCUGAAAACCAUUGUAUUAGAUGAUUUCUAAAUUUCUUCCAGCUCUGGGAAGUUUUUGAUUAUGUAGCAUAGCUAUGUUAAGAAUAUGUCUUAUCUCUCCUGCACUACGUAAUAAUCCCUUUAGUCAUACAUAUUGUGCUAUCCCUAUUACUCAUUACCCUAAAUGAGUAAUCCCAGUGAGGAUGAGUGAGUUGUUGAAGAUACACAACUAGUUAGUGGCAGAGCAAGCACACAUUCAUUCACUUUCUAUUUACUGAGCAUCUACUGGGUGCUGGAUACUGUGCUAAAUUUAAGAGCUACAAAAACGGCCUCAGCCUGAGUUUAAGAAGCUCACAGAAAAGUGGAUGAAGCAGGCAUGUUACAUGCUACUUACAAUACUGUGUGUGCCCUGAGAUAUGAACACAGGACCACAGGAUCACAGAGGUAGAAUGGAGUAAACCUAUAUGAAGGAGGUCAGGAUGGUGUCUCAAAGAAAGUCAUGUUUGGCUUGGGUUUUGAAGACUGGAUGGGAGUUUGCAUGGUGGAAAAGAAGUGGAUUUCAGGGCCACAGUCCAACAAUCUGGUAACUAUAGUACAUUUUCUCUGCCGAAGAUCCACACGGGGGCCAAGUGGUCAAUAGAAGUUUCUGAACUUUUCUGAAAAUUACCAAACACUACUCUGACCCAAAGAUCCAGGCAUUAAUUCAGAAGCCAAGAAAAGAGUUCUUGCCUGCGAGCAGAUCCAGGAGCUGUGCCUGGGUGUUGCUGACUGCAGUUUAUCCUGACUGCCUGUCUAGACCUUGGACUCAUUGCAUGGGAAGGGGGCAACUGCAUUUCUCUUGUGCUCGUUCUGCCUCCCCUUUCUAAUUGAUAACAGCCCCUAGAUGCUACAGAGAAAUAUUCAGUAUCCAUCUUCAUGGUUAUCUGAAAGAUCAGAAAAUUCCCUUACUUCCCACUGCCACCAUUCCUGACUUAUCUGUGUUCAGGAAUACCCACUGCUCUUUUAAAAUUCAAACACAUGGUCCCUGGAAGGAAGAAGAAUAUUGGAAAAGGGAGAUGUGGAACCAAAGAGAGAACAGCCAUGGGCCCUCAAUGUUUGAAAGUGCCCAAGCCAAUCCAUUUACUCUCCUCCCUGUUAUGCUACAGAUGAGGGAAUUGGAGGUUGGGGUGGUAACAGGGCAGGGACAGGGAGGGGAGAGAUUUUAAAAGGAAGGGGAGAAGGUGUGUGCAGGGGAAGGACCUGAUAGGUGGAGAAACUGAUCAAGUUUCCAUUUUCUCCCAAUCUCUUCUGGGUGAGUCCCGUCUGGUGGUUUCAUUUUGAUUCACUUGUUUCAAGAAGCCUUUUUAAUUCUUGGUGCCCUUGGGCCCCUUAGAGCACCGUCAGUGCUCCCUGGAUGCUUCCUUAAAAGUUCAGGCCCAUAGACACCAGAAAAUAAAGAUCCACGUUCCACCCAAGUAUCCACGUCAGUCACCCCUGUCUUUUUCUGGCCCAGGUAUUACAGUUCACCACAGGACUUUCUUCAAAACCAGCUCCAAAGGGUAUGAAUGAGAACAGAUUGGGAAGCAACAAUCUUAAAGCUAAUCUUGAGUCGUUUAACUUUCUUUUU